AUGUAUUAUUAAGCAUAGCCUCCUAUGAUGCCGCUUGCACAUAUGAUGAACAAUCCAGUUUAAAUGCAAUAGGCAACCAAUAUAAGAAAACCCGACUUCCCACCUGAUGUAAGUUAGCAUUAUAACAAUUAGAUGCAACCAAUUUUUGUUAUUCCCUAAAUAGCACACAUUAAGUCUUAGCCAAAGCUGGAAUGCAGGGCAUAUGACUCAAUUUUAGGGUUAGGUAGAAAGGCUGAGUGGAUGCUAGAUAAAUUUGAAGAUGAAUACGAGCAAAUGUAAAGAGAAGAAAGGGAGAAGGAUAUCAUAAAACCAUCUCGAUUACCACUUAAGAUUCUAAAGAGAUUAGAAAAGAAGCAUCAACACAAUGAGGAAUUAAAGAAGUUGUUGUAAUUAUGGAAUCCAUUUGAAGAUCCUAAUAUCACAUCUGAACCUUAUAAAACACUGUUUGUGGGCAGAUUGAAUUAUGCCACAACUGAUAAAAAAUUGCGUAAGGAAUUUGAAGAAUAUGGACCAAUCAAAUCAAUAAGAAUCAUACGAGAUUCUACAUAAGAUAAGCCUAGAGGCUAUGCAUUCAUUGAGUAUGAGAGCAAGAACAGUGUUAAAUAAGCAUAUAAAUAUGCAGUAGAUAAGCGUAUUGAUGGAAGAAAGUUGGUUGUUGACAUCGAAAGAGGAAGAACAAUUCUGAAAUGGAGACCCCGUAGACUUGGAGGUGGUCUUGGUGAGUUGAGAAGAUCAAGAAGCGAAGAAAUAUCUAAAAAACCUAAAGAAGAACAUGUAGAAAAAGAUGAAGAGGAUAAAAGAAGAAAAUAAAAGAAAGAAGAAGUAAAACCAGCAAAGAAACCUAGGGAGAGAUCUCGAUCUAAGUCUGUCAAAAAGCAUAAGAAGAGAGAGGAAAGUCCCAUUAAAAAAUAAAAAAGAAGAGAAAAAUCAAAAAAAAGACAUAAAUGA